AUGCCUGCAUCACCCCAGAUCUUGGAGACAACAACCAGAAACAGAGACCAGUGUGAGACCGUGGGCGUGACCGUGGGCGAGACCGUGGGCGUGACCGUGGGCGUGACCGUGGGCGUGACCGUGGGCGUGACCGUGGGCGUGACCGUGGGCGUGACCGUGGGCGUGACCGUGGGCGUGACCGUGGGCGUGACCGUGACCGUGGGCGUGACCGUGGGCGUGACCGUGGGCGUGACCGUGGGCGUGACCGUGGGCGUGACCGUGGGCGUGACCGUGGGCGUGACCGUGGGCGUGACCGUGGGCGUGACCGUGUGA